UGUGUGUCCAUCGCCCAAGGUCCGCAGCUGAGAUCGGGUUCGCCUCUGACGUUGUACCCCAGUGCGUCCGGGCGGAAGUCUUCCACCUACGAGGAGGUCGCCCUGGGGUCCCUGUUUCUCCAAAGACCGUCCCGUUCGAGGCAGCGAACACAUUCUUGGAACCACCACCUGGAUGAAGAAAUGGAACCUUACCGUGCUUCCUACCUCCUACUGACUCCCACCGAACGUCCCCCAAAGGAGUGUGCAGCUCUCGCUGCAGAGCUCCACACCUGCAGGGAGCUACUCGUGCAGAGAGAGGAGGAGAUCGCCAACCUGAAGGCGGAGAGAAACAACACCAGGCUGCUGCUGGAACAUUUGGAGUUCCUCGUCUCCAGGCACGAGAGAGCUCUUCAAAAAACCAUCAUCGGGCGACAGGCGAAGACUCCGGCCGGCGUGUCCAGUGAGGCGGAGGUGCUCAAGGUCCUCAACUCCAUAUUGGAGAAGGACAAAACCGAGGCUGAAACGGUGCAGAGCCAGAUGAAAGAGCUCCUGGCUACCCUGUGCACUCUCGUGGCCAAGCUGGAAGAAGACCUGGACAUCUCAAGGAAAGACCUCAUCCUUUCUGAAGCAAUGAACACCAUAUUACAAAGAGAUGUCCGUGAAGCCAUGGCCCAGACGGAAGACAUGCAAGACAGGAUCACUACCCUUGAGAAGCGCUGCCUCAGGGCACAGCACGAAGCCACCUCUCUGCACGACCUCAAGGAUAACCUUGAAAACGAGAUCGCAAAGAAGGACUCUCUGCAUCGACAGACUGCGGAUCAAAACCGCCAGUUGCAAGAGCGCCUGGAGGUGGCGGAGCGGAAGCUGCAGCAGACCCCGAGGAAGGCCAAGUCGCUGCCCGAGGUGGAAGCCGAGCCGGCCCAGAGGGAGGCCACCCUCUGCAAGGCCGAGCAGAGGCGUGGCAACAUCGAGGAAAGUCUGCACCAGAUGGAGGCCCAGCUGGAGGAAAAGAACCAAGAACUGCAGCGGCUGCUGCUGGAACAUUUGGAGUUCCUCGUCUCCAGGCACGAGAGAGCUCUUCAAAAAACCAUCAUCGGGCGACAGGCGAAGACUCCGGCCGGCGUGUCCAGUGAGGCGGAGGUGCUCAAGGUCCUCAACUCCAUAUUGGAGAAGGACAAAACCGAGGCUGAAACGGUGCAGAGCCAGAUGAAAGAGCUCCUGGCUACCCUGUGCACUCUCGUGGCCAAGCUGGAAGAAGACCUGGACAUCUCAAGGAAAGACCUCAUCCUUUCUAAAGCAAUGAACACCAUAUUACAAAGAGAUGUCCGUGAAGCCAUGGCCCAGACGGAAGACAUGCAAGACAGGAUCACUACCCUUGAGAAGCGCUGCCUCAGGGCACAGCACGAAGCCACCUCUCUGCACGACCUCAAGGAUAACCUUGAAAACGAGAUCGCAAAGAAGGACUCUCUGCAUCGACAGACUGCGGAUCAAAACCGCCAGUUGCAAGAGCGCCUGGAGGUGGCGGAGCGGAAGCUGCAGCAGACCCCGAGGAAGGCCAAGUCGCUGCCCGAGGUGGAAGCCGAGCCGGCCCAGAGGGAGGCCACCCUCUGCAAGGCCGAGCAGAGGCGUGGCAACAUCGAGGAAAGUCUGCACCAGAUGGAGGCCCAGCUGGAGGAAAAGAACCAAGAACUGCAGCGGGUCAGGCAGAGAGAAAAACUGAAGGAAGAGACUAAUCAACAUCUGUCCGGCACUAUUGACCGGCUCCUUUCUGAAUCUGACGAGCGUCUUAAGCGUCAUCUAAAAGAGAGGAUGGCUGCUGCAGAAGAUAAGGAUCACCUUCUCCGGAAGAUGGAAGCACUGAGGGCCGUAUUAAAGCGGGCAAGAGUGAGAGGCUCUUCGCUUCACCAUGGGCGGACGCACGUCGGCAGCAUCCCAGCUUCCAGGUUCCGUCUGGCGGACAGCCCCACGGAUGCCAGCAGCACCAGCAGCAGCGCGGUGUUGCGGCGCCACCGGAAAGGCCGUGUGGCCCGUCUGCGACAUGAGCCUUCCAAGUUGCUGCAUUUGGAGGAAGAGUCACAAGAUAGCACGGCAAGGGCACGAUGUGUACCGUCAGCUUCUUCGUCCCAGAGGUCCCUGAGCUUGGACAGGCUGCAGCAAGGGGCACUGCACAAGGCCAGCCACGAGGACAUCAGGGACGCCACAAAAUCCCCAGGCUCUCAGGAUGGCCCCCUGAGCAGCCUCAGCAAAACUAGCAAUAGCCAGGACUCACUGAACAACGCCCCCAAGAAGAAGGGCAUCACAAAAUCCAUCCGCUGGUUGCUCACCAGAAGACAAAAGGUCCACCCCAGCCGCGCUAGCGACGAGCCUGCAUGACCAGUUUACCCACACUGCUUCUACCGAUGGUCUUGCAGCACGCAGAGCCCAGCAGUGACUACAUUUGAAAAUUCAACCAGAUCUUUCAUCUGUUAAUCCUUGUUAUAUGGACCCUGAGAUAUUUCAUUACAGUAUUUAAUUACUGAAAAAUUCGUGAAUAGGAUCGAGAAACUCAUUUAGCAUUUAAUGUUUCGUACAUCUCUGUAAAUUUGUCACUCCCUAUAGAGAGUUCCUUCCUUUCAUGUAUAUCCAGGCUAUAAAUAUCCUUGGGAAUCCAUUGAUGUUCUUAUAUCUCAGUUUAGUCUUUCAAGCGUAUGUACUAUCAUGGUUGUAUGUAUAAAUCCUACGACAAAUACAGGGCUUUUAUAACCUGUG